UGAAGAAUCCUUCCCCCAAUGUACCGUACAUUUUAUUCUCCUUCAUAUAUUAAUUUGCCUGUGUCAUCAACCUGUGCAUUUUUAAAGCUUUUGUUAACUAAUGCUAUUUAGACUUUGUACGUACGUAUUUGUAUGUGAUUUGACAUUUUGGAUUUCAAUAAUGAUGGCAAUAAAAAUGAUUAAAAAGGGAUGGAGUUGUGUUCAGUGUGGUGCUUUAUUUCUAAAGUCAGCAUUUUUUUUCGUUGUGACCUGGACCUGAAAAAGUAUGUGUGGGAAUCUGAGGCAUGGUAAGUUGAAAUAAAACAACAAAAAAAUGUACAUCUACAAACCCUUUAACAUAAACUUGACACCAAGCAUAAAGUGACAAAUACAAAAGGGACUUAAUAUAAGUACUCAUGAAAGAUACAAUCCUUCACUAAAAUUACACGUUUACAUAAUUGCUAUUUUAAUUGAAACACUACCCAGAUCUCUUUGAACCUGUUCAUAAAAUAUGAAUGUUUCUUUGGUUUCCAGUCGAGCAUAUACGACUUCCCAGUCUCUAUGUGAUGCUCCCAUCUGAGGAAGAACGUCUUCACAAUCAGACGUCUACCUUCGCCUGCCUUGCCCGGGACUUCUCCCCCUCCAAGCACAAAUUUCAUUGGGAGCGCAAUGGCGACCACAUUCUGGAGGGCAGCAGCUGCGAACAGAAAGGCUCGGAGGCUAAUUACAGCGCCAGCAGCUACCUAGUCAUCAGCGAGGCGAAAUGGGCGAACGGCGACACCAUCAGAUGUAUUUUUGAGCACACGACUGGGAACCUGUCCAAAGAGGUGAAUCACUCAACUCUAGCUGUAGGUGAACUCAGUAGAGUUGUUCUUCACCCCCCACUGUGGAAGGGAGAGGUUGGCUCCAAGGCCCAGCUACUGUGUGUUUCCGGCGGCAUCAACAUGAAAGACCUGGCUGUGGAAUGGACCAUAGAUGGUCAGCCCCAGACUACCUCCGAGACGACUGGACAGAUCAGCCAACUGGAAGUCGACACGGCCCUAUGGCGCAAAAGCAGCAAUUACACGUGUAGGGUGAAGUCGGGCAAGACCUGGAUUGUGGAAAGCAUCCAAGUGUGUUCAGAUGGUCAUUUCCAAGCACCUCACGUCCAGCUGGAGAGGCCCCGUCUCCGAGACGUCAUGACGCAUGACAAGGUUGUUGUGACGUGCAAGGUGGCGGCAGCCAGCUCCAGCAAAGUGGUGUGGUGGGUGGACGAUAAGGAGGAGACAUCGCACGUUACCGAGAAGAGCGAGCCUGGUGGCAGACUCAUCAGCAACAUCACUCUCAACGCGAGCACGUGGAAGACCCUGCGAGAGGUCAAGUGCAAAGUGGACCACCCGUGCUACCCAACCGAGGAAGCGAUACAAAUAUCAGAGACUGCCAAGCAAAACCCAACAGUUACUAUCAGGAGAUCUUUAGAAGACUUGAAGAAAGAUGACGGCGCAGUGCUGGAGUGUCUCCUAGGAGACCUGUCCUCCCAUGAGAUCUCAGUGAACCUUCAGGCCAAUGGGAAGGAUCUCCCUAAGACUAGGUUGUAUGUUGAUGUUCCUGUCCAGAAAGACCAGCAAAGCCUAACAGCUGUAAGAUUCACCAUUCCCAAAGACCAGAAAAGCGCGGACAAAACGUUUGCCUGUAAAGUCAACUUUGCAAACAACCAGAAGAUCUCCAGUCCCACAGGAAAGCUUUUUGCUCCCCCAACACUGGAGUUGUUCUUGAGCCCUGGGUCCAGUUCUACAAAGCUGGUGUGUGUUGGCUCAGGUUUCAACCCGCAGCUGAAGUGGAAGCACACCACUAAGCUCAAGCUGAACGAGAACAGGAAGGUUUUGCUAGAAAAUGACGGUCGCCUCACUGUGACCAUCGAGAUGGACGUCCCACAGAAAGAGUGGCACAAAGGCAUGAACUUUCCCUGUGAGGUGGAAGACCAGGACCAAAAUGUUAAGAACAAAGAGACCAGAGACAUAAGUAUUUGUUCAGUGUCCCCACACUCUGUGUUUGCGGAUAUUUAUCUCACGGGCCCCUCUCUCAGAGACAAGGACAAGAACAACGUGCCGGUCACUUGUCUGGUGGUCGGCUUCAACAUCUCAGACCUGCCCGUCAUCUGGAAAGUGGGUGGAGAGGUCACCUCCGAGGGGCUCACGACGCUGCCUCUGUCCGAAAAUGUCAACGGAACCCAGAGCGUGCGCAGCGAGUUGAGCCUGCAGGCCAGCACAUGGCACAGACACAUCGAAGUCUCAUGUGAGGUCAGGAGGGCUUGUGACCGCGAUGCACUAGCCAGACGCAUCUCAAAAGCAAAAGACAUGCAACGGCCCACAGUGAGGAUCCUGAGGCCCUCUGAUGCCAACCUGGUCCAUUCCAACGGUUCUAGCCUGUUCUGCGAGGUCUUUGGCUUCUCGCCAGCCGACGUGAUCGUCCACUGGGAGGCCAACGGCACGCAGCUGCCUACCUCCGGGUACACCAACGGGCCCGUGAGAAGCAACACCAAGGCCGGCACGUACGCCACGCACAGCAUCCUCCGUCUGCCGCCGUCUCAGCGGCACGAGGGCUCCUUCACGUGUGUGGCCAGACACGAGUCCUCUGCUGAGCCCAUCUCUGACACUGUGGAGAACCUGUUUGCCUCAGUGGUACACUCCAAGCCAAUCGUCACCUUGCUGCGGAGGACGGCUGAGCUGGUGUGUCUGGUGUAUGGCUACAGCCCCGAGUCCAUCGACAUCACCUGGCUGAAGAACGGCAUCAGCGUCGAGGCUUCGGACCAGCGAACCGAUCUGCCAUCCAAGGGACCGGACGGGAAGUUCAGCGUCCACAGCCACCUCAACCUGUCGUCCGGCGAAUGGGACAGUGGUGUGAAGUUCACCUGCAAUGUGACUCACAUCACAGGUGCACUGUCUGUCAGCACUUUCAAACCAGAGCCAAAGGACGAAGUGUUGUUUGUUGACAACAACAUGGCAGACGCUGUUCCUGAGGACACUGUGGCAGAAACUAUGAACAUGGUCUGGGCUCUCCUCUUCCUUUUUCUCUCCUGUCUCCUCUACAGCUGCACUGUCACUCUCAUUAAGAACAAAAUAUCUUCACAUGUGUAUGGUGAACCAGAGUUGUUCUUCACCCCCACUGUGGAAGGGAGAGGUUGGCUCCAAGGCCCAGCUACUGUGUGCUUCCGCGGCAUCAACAUGAAAGACCUGGCUGUGGAAUGGACCAUAGAUGGUCAGCCCCAGACUACCUCCGAGACGACUGGACAGAUCAGCCAACUGGAAGUCGACACGGCCCUAUGGCGCAAAAGCAGCAAUUACACGUGUAGGGUGAAGUCGGGCAAGACCUGGAUUGUGGAAAGCAUCCAAGUGUGUUCAGACGGUCAUUUCCAAGCACCUCACGUCCAGCUGGAGAGGCCCCGUCUCCGAGACGUCACGACGCGUGACAAGGUUGUUGUGACGUGCAAGGUGGCGGCAGCCAGCGCCAGCAAAGUGGUGUGGUGGGUGGACGAUAAGGAGGAGACGUCGCACGUCACCGAGAAGAGCGAGCCUGGUGGCAGACUCAUCAGCAACAUCACUCUCAACGCGAGCACGUGGAAGACCCUGCGAGAGGUCAAGUGCAAAGUGGACCACCCGUGCUACCCAACCGAGGAAGCGAUACAAAUAUCAGAGACUGCCAAGCAAAACCCAACAGUUACUAUCAGGAGAUCUUUAGAAGACUUGAAGAAAGAUGCGGCGCAGUGCUGGAGUAAAGACCAGCAAAGCCUAACAGCUGUAAGAUUCACCAUUCCCAAAGACCAGAAAAGCGCGGACAAAACGUUUGCCUGUAAAGUCAACUUUGCAAACAACCAGAAGAUCUCCAGUCCCACAGGAAAGCUUUUUGGUAGCUCCCCCAACACUGGAGUUGUUCUUGGCCCUGGGUCCAGUUCUACAAAGCUGGUGUGUGUUGGCUCAGGUUUCAACCCGCAGCUGAAGUGGAAGCACACCACUAAGCUCAAGCUGAACGAGAACAGGAAGGUUUUGCUAGAAAAUGACGGUCGCCUCACUGUGACCAUCGAGAUGGACGUCCCACAGAAAGAGUGGCACAAAGGCAUGAACUUUCCCUGUGAGGUGGAAGACCAGGACCAAAAUGUUAAGAACAAAGAGACCAGAGACAUAAGUAUUUGUUCAGUGUCCCCGCACUCUGUGUUUGCGGAUAUUUAUCUCACGGGCCCCUCUCUCAGAGACAAGGACAAGAACAACGUGCCGGUCACUUGUCUGGUGGUCGGCUUCAACAUCUCAGACCUGCCCGUCAUCUGGAAAGUGGGUGGGGAGGUCACCUCCGAGGGACUCACGACGCUGCCUCCGUCCGAAAAUGACAACGGAACCCAGAGCGUACGCAGCGAGCUGAGCCUGCAGGCCAGCACAUGGCACGGACACGCCGAAGUCUCAUGUGAGGUCAGGAGGGCUUGUGACCGCGACGCACUGGCCAGACGCAUCUCAAAAGCAAAAGACAUGCAACGCCCCAGAGUGAGGAUCCUGAGGCCCUCCGAUGCCAAUCUGGUCCAUUCCAACGGUUCUAGCCUGCUGUGCGAGGUCUUGGGCUUCUCGCCAGCCGACGCGAUCGUCCACUGGGAGGCCAACGGCACGCAGCUGCCUACCUGUUACACCAACGGCCCCGUGAGCAGCGAUGCCAAGGCCGGCACGUACACCACGCACAGCAUCCUCCUUCUGCCGCCGUCUCAGCGGCACGGGUCCUUCACGUGUGUGGCCAGACACGAGUCCUCUGCUGAGCCCAUCUCUGACACUGUGGAGAACCUGUUUGCCUCAGUGGUACACUCCAAGCCAAUCGUCACCUUGCUGCGGAGGACGGCUGAGCUGGUGUGUCUGGUGUAUGGCUACAGCCCCGAGUCCAUCGACAUCACCUGGCUGAAGAACGGCAUCAGCGUCGAGGCUUCGGACCAGCGAACCGAUCUGCCAUCCAAGGGACCGGACGGGAAGUUCAGCGUCCACAGCCACCUCAACCUGUCGUCCGGCGAAUGGGACAGUGGUGUGAAGUUCACCUGCAAUGUGACUCACAUCACAGGUGCACUGUCUGUCAGCACUUUCAAACCAGAGCCAAAGGACGAAGUGUUGUUUGUUGACAACAACAUGGCAGACGCUGUUCCUGAGGACACUGUGGCAGAAACUAUGAACAUGGUCUGGGCUCUCCUCUUCCUUUUUCUCUCCUGUCUCCUCUACAGCUGCACUGUCACUCUCAUUAAGCUGAAAUGAAGGGCUGCACCCAGAAAGCCUGCUCUUACUAACCCAUGGAAAGAUGGAAAGAAAAUGACUGUGAUUAUUUCUUACUUAAAAGCUUCUUGGCGAGUUUAAUUGUUUAGAUGUUUUCUUUUGAAUAGUUAAAUGUUUUCGUAUCAUGCAAUUUCAUAUGACACCUUUUCUUUUGUUCAUAUCGUCUUGACUUUAAGCACUUACUUGUUAUGGAACUGAGAAGUGAAACUUCAAUCUUAAAUGAUUUUAUGCAUACAUGAGUUUAUAUAAAUGAAAGUAUAUAUUGAAUAAAGACCUAUAUCCAAAAACUGUGCAAAAAAUGUUACAACUGUUAAUAAAUAUUGCAAUUUUAACUGGU